AUGCUGACUUUUUAUUUAAUCUCAGACAACGUGCAUCACGCGCGUGUGAGACAUGUCAUGCUCGUAAGUCUAGGCGUGCCCUGCACCAAUUGUGUCGCUUUCUCCAUCGAAUGCAAGAUCCCCUCGCCGAAACGAAAGAAGACAAACCAGAGCAAAAGCAAGGAUGAUACCCGGUACGACGAUAGUCCUCCCCAAAGCGCCUCAUCGCUAGUCGACGCUGCGGUCGCCCACUUCCGGCCCGACACGGACGAACAAGCCGAUCCUCGAUCCGGCUCUAUCUCUGCGCCCAGGGAACAUGAACACGGAUCCGAGUCCGAUGAGAAGAACAAUGCCUUCGGGUACCGAAAUAACCGCAUGGGGGUUGAAGGCAUGCCCAAAACAGCCCUCUCCGAGGCCGAGGCCGCCCAACAAGCUUCGGUCAAUAAUGCCUAUGCUCAAUUUAUGAAGCCCAAGUUUGCUCGAGCUCCGAUUAAAGAGGCUGGCCGGGUCGCUUAUCUGGGCGAGUCUUCAAAUCUGUCCCUUCUGGUUCAAGAUCGCCAUGGAACAACGGAUGUCGUGCACUACCCUCUCCCACCGAAUAUCAGAGGAUCCCGUGCCCGCCUGACAGACUUGGAUAACUUGGAGAUCGAUAUUCUGCACCAACGUGGCGCGUUCUUGCUCCCGCCAAAACCACUUUGUGAUGAAUUGGUCGAGGCUUAUUUCAAAUGGGUGGCCCCGGUGGUACCGAUCAUCAACAAGAGUCGCUUCAUGCGUCACUACCGUGACCCUAAGAACCCGCCCUCGCUGCUAUUGUUGCAGGCGAUUCUGCUGGCAGGAUCGAGAGUCUGCACGAAUCCACAACUCAUGGAUGCUAAUGGCUCGACAACACCCGCUGCCAUGACUUUCUACAAGCGUGCCAAAGCGUUGUAUGAUGCUAAUUAUGAGGAUGAUCGAGUCACUAUUGUGCAGGCAUUAGUACUUCUGGGUUGGUAUUGGGAAGGACCUGAAGAUGUUACCAAGAAUGUGUUCUAUUGGACAAGGGUUGCGAUGGUUGUCGCUCAGGGCUCUGGAAUGCACCGCAGUGUUGAAAUGUCCCAGUUGAACAAACCUGACAAGAGGCUGUGGAAGAGAAUUUGGUGGACCUUGUUCACCAGGGACCGUUCUGUGGCCGUCGCAUUGGGACGACCAAUUGGAAUCAAUACAGACGACUCUGAUGUUGAGAUGGUGACCGAGGACGACUUCAUCGAGGAUGAGCUCGAUACCCCUGCUGAGUAUCCGGCAGAUCCAGUCCAUGUCCAGUUCUUCCUGCAGUAUGUCAAGUUGUGUGAGAUCAUGGGGUUGGUACUGUCGCAGCAGUACUCUGUAGCUUCCAAGUCCCGACGCAUGAACGCAAUGGACCUCACCCACUCCGACAUGGCCUUGGCCGAUUGGCUGCAGAACUGUCCCAAAGAAGUAUGCUGGCAACGUUCUCGGCAUCACUUUUGGGCAGCUCUCUUACAUUCGAACUAUUACACUACGCUCUGCCUUCUGCACCGAGCCCAUAUGCCGCCUGCCUCGUCCGCGCCCAAUAAUUACAGAGUGGAAGAAAUGGCCUACCCUUCACGUACAAUCGCCUUUCAGGCUGCAGGCAUGAUCACUUCCAUUGUCGAAAACCUGCAGGCGCAUGGCGAGAUCCGGUAUACGCCUGCCUUCAUUGUCUACAGCUUGUUCUCCGCAUUGAUCAUGCAUGUGUAUCAAAUGCGUUCGUCGGUCCCUUCCAUCGUCGCCACAUGCCAAGAGAGAAUCAACGUGUGUAUGCUAGCCCUUAAGGAUGUAUCAAAGGUCUGGCUAGUCGCCAAGAUGGUGAACACCUUAUUCGAGUCGAUUCUCGGAAACAAAGUGCUGGAAGAGCGACUUCAGAAGGCCGCCGGGCGGAGACACCAACGCACGCGACAUGGCGAGGGCGCUGCUCCCAGGAGGCCCGAGCCACCAAAGCGCAAGUUUGAUGACAUGGACCUCGGCGUGCCAAACGGCGGCCCUACUCCACCCGUCUCAUACGAGCGGAACGGCAACUCGCGCGCCAACACCCGGCCCACGACCCCCUUCAAUGGCCAAUUCUCUCUCCCCGCCACACCCCCAGACUUCUUCCUCGUGACCCGCACCUCACCCAAUCUCUCCCCCUCCCUCUGGGAGAAUUUCCAGCCCGACCAGCUAUUCCCAGACGGUACAGCCUUCUUCCCGGAAUUAACCUCGCCCCAACCACCGGCAUCCGUGGAUCCAAACCUGCAGCUUCCACCGCAAAUGCCCAGCAUGCCGCCCCGUCCUCCAAUGAUGAACAACCAGCCCGUCCACGGCCGAACCAUGUCCGUUUCACAGGGCAGUCCGCCCAUGAUGCCUGGUAUCCCGGGGGCCAUGGGUAUGCAGCCUCAGCCUCCGCCACAUAUGUUCAUGGAGGGCCAACACCAGCAUUGGCCACCUAUGCAGGGUCUUGAUGGGACGAUGAGUGGUGCCGCUAUGGAUGCUGCUAGUCAAGACAAUGAUACUUGGAGUAGUAGUUCUCGUAGUGGGCCUACUGCACCGACUACAUUGAAUGUCGAAGAUUGGUUCCAGUUCUUUGGUAUCAAUGGUGGUUUUGGUGAUUUGGCUACUUGA